CCACUCGCUCCGAGGCGGGAAACUGCCGGCCGCGAGAAGCUUGAUGGCCGCUUUACCGAGACGCUGAGCCAUGAGGCCCCGGCGCCAUGAGACCCGCUCUACCAAGGUUGAGGAGAAAGAGGGCCUUAACCGUCACAAAGAGGUGGGUGGGGAAGAUGUGACCUCCCGGGAAAAUGAAACCAAGCGGUUUGAAAAGCAGCAGCAAAGGACAAAUCCCCUGUGAUAUGCAAGGAAGAACAGAAAAAAGCAGACCUCCCCUCAGAACUGUGAAGAAAGAGUCCACAAAGGCAGAUAAAUUGAAAUACAAACCACUUACCGGGAAGGUGUUCUAUCUUGAUAUUCCAUCUAACAUCCUGUCUGAGAAAAUAGCAAAAGAUCUUAAGGAAUUGGGUGGGAGAGUUGAAGGAUUCUUGAGCAAAGAUAUUAGUUAUUUGAUCUCUAAUAAAAAGGAAGCAAAAUUUGCUCAGACACUUGGACAGAUAUCUCCAGUCCCAAGCCCAGAAUCUGUGUGCAAUGGGGGAAACAGUUCACCUCAUCCAAGCAGCAGAAGAGAUAAACAUGAAGGAAGUUCUUUUAAGAUUGCGGACACAGUGCGCAUGAGUAGAGGAAAAUCCUUGGUUGAAAAAGCAAUUAAAGAACAGGAAUUAAUCCCUUCAGGCAGUAUACUAUCCAAUGCCUUGAGCUGGGGAGUGAAAAUACUUCAUGUUGAUGAUAUCAAGAACUACAUUGAACAAAAGAAAAAAGACCUCUGUCUGAUCAAGAAAUCAAACACGGAAAUCAAAGAUACUGAGAAAGAGUCAACUGAUCAGAAAACAAAAAGUAAACUGAAAAAUCCUUUUCUGAAGGUAGAAGAUAGAAAGUGUCAUUACAGACCAUUUUACUUGCAACUGCCCAGUUUUCCUGUUAUCAACUAUUAUAAUCCAAGACCGUGCAGCCCAUUUGAGGUAGAAAAGAAGAAUCCUAAUGGCCAGAAACAAAUUCAGAAUAAACAAAGAAAUCUGCUAAAUAUUGACAAAGAAAAGGCCCCACUUCAAGUUCCUGCAAAACAUAAGAAGAGAAAGGGAUAUUGUGAAUGUUGUCUGAAGAAGUAUGAUGAUCUUCAAGCUCAUGUUGAAAGUGAACAACAUCAGACCUUUGCACAAAGUUCUCAUUAUCAAGUUGUGGAUGAUAUAAUUUCCAAGGUUCCAUGUGACUUUUUAGAGUUAAGAGAAAAUAUACCAAAAAUUAAAAGGCGGAAAUGUAGUAUAGGACAAUUUGCUUCUCUCAUUGGAACAAAAACGGAAGAACUGAAAGAACAGCUGAAGAGGCAUGAUGUGCCACUGAGGAGGUAUUCUAGGAAAAGCAUUACAGUACAAUCAGUGAAAGAAGGUUCUCAGCGCUUAGAUAUCUAUCCUAAUUCUGCACUCAAAAAUUCAACCUCUGAACCUUCAUGUUCUGUUUAUUCCUUUAACACCCUCUGUUCUUCAGAAGUAUCAAGAAAAGUGAGUGGCAAUACAGAAAAUGGUAAAGUGUCAAAAGCGUCAAAUUUAACAGAGAUUGCUUUAUCAACAAAACUGGUACAACUACCUCCACAAAAAGAAAGUAAAGUGUGUGUGAAAAACUUGCCUGAAAUAUAUGAACAUUAUGAGCCUAUUUCAAGGCAGAAUUCACAGUGCUUGUCACCAAAUAUAAAUUCACUACACACACUGAUUCAAAGUUCCGAGUUUAGUGAAAGGAACCACACAUCAAAGCCAAAACGAAAAUUGAACAGUGCCGUUCUUAUGCCUGCAAAAUGUUUGAAGCAGAUAGACACUCAUCCAGUAGUUGACAAAGGUGUUGCUGACCUUAGUGUGGAGAGUAAUUUUCCAAGAGAGCUUUCAGUCCUUCUCCAGACAGAAGGACCGCCAUAUUGUCCUCCUGCAAACAAAGAGCCCAGUGACUUGACAGAUGUUGACAGACAAAGCUCACCUUCAAUAAAACUCAGCAGAAAAGUCAUACAUUCUGUGGGAAAGAAUAAAAAAGGAAAUCAGAAACAAAACAUGGAGCUAUGUUUACAACAGACUGAUGAACUUCAUAUUCUAGAAGAAACAAAAAACAUACAAAGCUCAGCAACGCAAGCGCUAUUCCAAUUAUUUCAAACCAGUGAUACAAAUUCUGACUUUGAAGGUUUUUCAAGUAUACAGGAAAACAAAGAUUCCAGUGUUAUGAAAGAUACUUGGGAAGACCAGCACACAGAUGCUCUCUGGUCUUUGUUUUCUACUUCUGCCUCCUCGUCACCAUUUAUUGGAUUUUAAUGCUGCUUUACUUGAAACAAUGAGUUUUGAAUAAACAUGCACACUGAAAGAUA